AUAAAUAAGUUGUAUUAUAUUUUAAAAUAAAACAAAAUGUUAAGUUCAUAAACUGCAGCUUAUGAACUUGACAUUCUUACGAUAUAUAUAUAAUACCAUGGUAUUAUAUAUCGAGGUGCAUGUACAAUUCAUUUUAAAAGCGUAAAGUUUACAUUUGAUUUUUGUAUGAUAACUUCACAUUGUUACAGAGUAAUUUUUUUUACAAAAACAUGUAAAUUUCACAGAAUAAACCUGUAAAUCAACAUUUACAUAUUUUUCAUGUAAAAUUUACAACAAAUAAAAGAUAUUUAUAUGUCUAUCUUGUUCCGUGCACUUAUCGUAUUUUUUUUUUCUGUUUUGUAUAUAUUCAUUAUCGCUUUCAUGUGUAUACAGAAUUUGAUUUUUAUUCAGAAAACUUAAUAAAAACUAUAAUCCAAUUCAGUAUAACAAAGAGUUAUAUCGUUUUAUAACUUAAGUUCUAAAAUAUUCGUAAAUUAAUUAUAAAUUUGAGAACGUGUGAAAAUACAAAAACAAAACGAAUUUGCCUUUAAUUCUUAUCAAAGUCUCGGCGUCAAAAAUCAACACCAGACAGCAAGAAUAUUAUAUUCACACACACAAGCAAUUUCUUAUUCAACUAAGACGUCAACAGAUAACAAGUACUUAAGUAUAUUAGCCGACAGUAUAUGGUGAUUUAUAAUUCUGAAUGAACCAAUAACAGUUUAUUAAUGUGGACGCAAAAAAUUUGCUGAUAGUCUCUACUUAUUCUUAGCUAAACCGCAUGCUUAUCAGUAUUGUAUAAUCAUGUUUAAAAACUUGAAAUUUGUGUUUCGAAAGCAUAGUUGUCGUAAUUCAGUUAAAAAUGUUGCAUACUAUCAUACUGAAAAUGGAGUUUAUGGCUAUAUGCCACAAAAUAAAAAUUCCUACAAGGUUCCAGAUAAUUAUCUUGUUAUGCGAGCUAAAUAUAGCAACUUUUAUCGACUCGUAACAGCUUACCGCGAACAUGCUCACAAAUCUGCUAAUACAAAUCCAAUAACUUUAGAAAAAUCUGAUAAACUUAUCGAAUUGGAUCAUCAACAGUAUGGUUUGAAAUUAGAUGACAUAGUCGAAUUUUUUGGCAUUUUGAAUAUCGAAAAAAAGCAGGGAACGGUUAAAGAUGCAUUAAAAAUCCUCGAAAACAUUUACACCUCAGAAAUUGGAGCUGAAUUUACUUACCUUGAGAGUCAAGAAGAACGAGAAUGGUUUUCCUUGAAAUUUGAAAAACUCAACGAAGAAAAACUUACUGACGAAACAAAAAAGUCUAUCGCCUUCGAGAUGAUGAAAAGCCAGGCGUUUGAUAAUUUUUUGGCAAAGAAAUUUGUCAGUGUUAAACGUUAUGGUUGUGAGGGUGCCGAAUCUAUGAUGGCAUUUUUUCAAGAAUUUUUUGAGCUAUGUGGAAAAGAUGGUCUUGAACAAGCUGUCAUUUGCAUGCCUCAUCGUGGCCGUUUAAAUUUUUUAAUUGGGAUGUUAAAAUUUCCUCCAGAAAAAUUAUUUCGAAAGCUCAAAGGUCUACCUGAAUUUCCGGAUGAUGUCAAGGCAACUGGAGACGUUGCCAGUCACUUGGUCUCAUCAAUAGAUCUAGAUAUCAAAGGUAAAAAUUUACAUGUAACGCUGCUACAUAAUCCAUCGCAUUUAGAAGCUGUGAAUCCGGUUUCAAUGGGAAAAACACGAGGGAUUAUGCAAGCUGUGAAAGAUGGUGCUUAUUGCGAGUCUGGAAGUAGACAAUGGAGUGACAAAGUUAUUAAUUUACAGGUUCAUGGAGAUGCGGCCUAUGCUGGACAAGGUGUUAAUCAAGAAUCAUUAGCCCUUAGUAGAGCUCCACACUUUGAAAUUGGUGGGACAGUACAUCUAGUUAUUAACAAUCAACUUGGCUUUACAACGCCACCCAGCAGAGGCAGAUCAUCAAGAUAUUGCACUGAUUUAGCUAAAUUUAUAUCAGCACCAGUGCUUCAUGUCAACGGCGAUGCACCAGAAAUGCUUGUCAAGGCCACAAGAAUUGCCUUCGAAUAUCAACGGAAAUACCGUAAAGACGUGUUCAUUGAUCUUAACUGCUUUAGGCGUUGGGGCCACAACGAGAUGGAUGAUCCGACAUUCACAAAUCCACUUUUAUAUAAAAUUAUAAAUAAUCGUCAAUCCAUACCAGAUAUGUACCGACAGAAACUCGAAGAAUCAGAAAUACUAAAAAAUGAAGAAAGCGAAGAAAUUAUUAGUAAAUACAGAAAUUAUUUGGAAGAAGCUUCAAAAAAAGCUGAAACGUAUGUGCCACAAGCAACUUAUUUUACUGACAGAUGGACUGGUUUUCAACAAGCCAAGCCAAUCUUAACAACCUGGGACACCGGUGUUGACGUCAAUUUAAUCAAAUUUGUUGCAAAAAAAAGUGUCGAGAGAAGAGAAAAUUUGAAAAUUCAUCCGACUUUAUUAAAAAAUUAUAUUCAGACGAGAAUCAAAAAAGUAGAUAAUGGUAAAUACUUGGAUUGGUCAACGGCAGAAACAGUUGCAUUUGGUACACUCAUGUACCAAGGUUAUAAUAUCAGACUCAGUGGACAAGAUGUAGGACGAGGUACAUUUUCACAACGACAUAUCAUGUUGAUUGAUCAAUCAACCGGAGAAAUUUAUAUUCCAUUGAAUUCGAUGAUUGACAACCAAAAAGGAAAAAUUGAAUUAGCUAACAGUAUAUUGUCAGAAGAAGCAGUGGUCGGUUACGAGUAUGGAAUGAGCAUAUCAUCACCAACAACCUUGACAAUAUGGGAGGCUCAGUUUGGUGAUUUUUUUAACGGUGCCCAAAUAAUGAUCGACACAUUUUUAUCGAGUGGCGAGACAAAGUGGAUGAUGAACAGUGGCUUGACUCUGCUUCUUCCACAUGGCUAUGAUGGAGCUGGACCAGAACACAGUUCUUGUCGCUUAGAGAGAUUCCUCCAGCUUACCGAUAGUAACGAAAACUCACCUGACGGUGAUGAUAUUAAUAUACAAGUUGCUAAUCCAACAACACCAGCACAGUAUUUUCAUUUACUACGUCGACAAAUUAUUCGCUAUUUUAGAAAACCUCUUGUCGUUGUUUCUCCAAAAAUUUUACUUAGGCAUCCUUCUGCAACAUCUUCACUCGAAGAAAUGGCACCUGGAAUGAGUUUCAAAAACAUUAUCGGUGACGAUAUUGUUGAACCAGAUAAAAUUGAAAGAAUUAUUUUCGUCAGUGGAAAACAUUAUUAUGCACUUGAGCAGCAACGUAAAAUACUUGCUAGAAAUAAUACAGCGAUCAUUCGUGUUGAGAGCCUUUGUCCAUUUCCGCUGGUCGAGAUUAAUGGAGAAAUAAAAAAAUUUCCAAAUGCAAAGAGUUUUGUAUGGAGUCAAGAAGAACCUCGAAAUAUGGGGGCUUGGACAUUCAUAAAACCGAGGUUUGAAAACCUUUGUGGACUACAGAUCAAAUAUUGCGGUCGAGGUACCCUAGCAGCACCAGCUGUCGGAGUUGGCAAGUUUCAUCAACAAGAAGCAUUAGAAGUUGUUGAAAAACCAUUUACAAUGAAAUAG